AGCCCACAAAAUUGCUGAUAUAGCCUGGAUGUACACACUAGACUGCAGACCUUGGUCUCCACUGGACUCUUUCCUGCUGGUCAGCAAUGUAUCGGCCAGCUGUGGUGAAGAAGAGGAAGAGAGUUUGUUUGGAGCCCUGGGUUAUUGGCCUCAUCACCUUUAUCUCCCUGAUUGUUCUGGCGGUGUGCAUUGGACUUACUGUUCAUUAUGUGAGAUAUAAUCAAAGAAAGACCUACAAUUACUAUGGCACAUUAUCAUUUACAAGUAACAAACUGUAUGAUGACUUUGGAAAAGAGGCUUCUAAAAAUUUCACAGAAAUGAGUCAGAAAAUUGAAUCAAUGGUGAAAAAUGCAUUUCAUAACUCUCCAUUGAGGGAAGAAUUUGUCAAGUCUCACAUUAUCAAGUUCAGUCAAGAGGAACAUGGAGUGUUGGCUCAUAUGCUGCUGAUUUUUAGAUUUCGCUCUACUGAGGAUCCUGAAGCCAUCAAUAAAAUUAUUCAACAUGUUCUACCUGAAAAGCUGCAAGAUGCUGUAGGACCCCCUAAAUUAGAUCCUGAAUCAGUUGAAAUUAAAAAAAUCAACAAGACAGAAACAGACAACUUUAUAAACAAUUGCUGUGGGACACGAAGGAGUAAAACUGCAAGACAGAGUCUCAGGAUCGUUGGUGGGACUCAGGUAGAAGAGGGUGAAUGGCCGUGGCAAGCUAGCCUGCAGUGGGAUGGAAUCCACCGCUGUGGAGCAACUUUAAUUAAUAGCACAUGGCUUGUGAGUGCCGCUCACUGCUUUAGAACGUAUAAUGACCCAGCCAGAUGGACUGUUUCCUUUGGAGUAACAAUAAAGCCUCCAAAGAUGAAACAAGGCCUUCGAAGGAUAUUUGUCCAUGAAAAAUAUAAGUAUCCAUCACAUGACUAUGAUAUUUCAGUAGCAGAGCUUUCUAGCCCUGUUCCCUACACAAAUGCAGUACAUAGGAUUUGCCUCCCUGAUGCAUCCCAUGAAUUUCCCCCAGGCAGUGAGAUGUUUGUGACAGGAUUUGGAGCACUACAAAAUGAUGGUAGCAGUCAAAAUCACCUUCGGCAAGCACAGGUGGAUCUCAUAGAUACUCAAACCUGUAAUGAACCCCAAUCUUACAAUGGUGCCAUCACUCCUAGAAUGUUAUGUGCGGGCUUCUUGAAAGGAAAAAGAGAUGCGUGCCAGGGUGACUCCGGAGGACCACUUGUUAGUCCAGAUGCUAGAGAUAUCUGGUAUCUUGCUGGAAUAGUGAGCUGGGGAGAUGAAUGUGGGCAACCUAAUAAGCCAGGUGUUUAUACUAGAGUGACUGCUUUCCGGGACUGGAUCCAUUCCAAAACUGGUAUCUAAGAGAAAAACUUAGCAGAAUGGAACUUAUUUUUAAGUGUGGGCCAUUCUCAGAGAUACAGAAUUGCAGAAGUCUUUGCAUCAAAAGUUUGGCUAAUUGACGUAAAUUUCUUAUGCAUAUAUACAAUUUGAAGUGAUUCCUUCUUUGAUUUACCCAGAUUCUCUCAUUUUAGGAAGUCUCCAUUUUCAAGAUGCAGGACAGAGUAAAAGGAAGGGUAAAAAGGAAAGAACUACAUUUUUAUGUACAGAAAAAUAUUAGGAGUUUUUUUUUUUCUUAAUGGAAUGAGGAAAACAAUCACAUUCAUGAUGACAAGUCAAGCAAACAGACCCCAGAAUACCAAAUACUUAAGAUGGAGAAAGAAUGGGAAUUAAGAAAAUGCACAGAAACCAAGAUAAAGUUUUAUUUUCAUUUCUAACUCACAACUACAGAGAUCAAUGUGGGGAUAAUUCCAUUUUUCUGUGGCUUAUAAUAAUUAUACAAAUGCUGUAUAAUGUACUUGUUCUAAGUUAAAGCAAAUAAUACAUAUUUAAUAUUGCACAGUUAAGAAUAUCAAUAUAUAAUAAUAAAAAUAGCAUCCAUUUGCUUGAUAUUAUAAUAGUUCAUGAAAAAGAGGAAGAUGGGAAAACAAUACUACUCAAUGUAUUGCAAAUUCUUUUAAAAUUAGAGGCCAUGAAAAUUCAUUUAAGAACAACCAGUAUACCUUAUGUGUUAAGAUUUUUUACUGUUGUUGAAUAGAAGAGAAUGAAGAGAGAAUCAGUCCAAACUAUUGAAUGACGCAGUAUUUUCACCAAGUGGCUUCUGUAUUCAAAUACACAGCCUGGAAAGGAAUAAGGUCCAGGUAUUAAUGUGUAGUUAAAGUCAUGCAAAUGGAAGCCAGACCUCCUAUUUUUAGAUGAUGGCACAUCUUUGCCUGUUGCUGCAUCGGGCCCAUGCUUGGACCCAGAGACCUUUUAGACUUCUCUGGGCUUAGAUGGGAAGAUAUAGGAAUUUAUCCUGGAAGCUGCCUCCCUGUUAUGUCUAGUAUAAUACUGAAUUACUAACCGCUUACAGGUAAAACUGAAGAGUAAUAGCCAGAUGUCAGCCACUUUCAUAAUUUCAAUUUUGGUAAAUAACUACUGAGCAGUUAGAGACACAACAGGCAAGUGAUCUAGGCCAUUAUGAAUUUAAUUAGAACUCAGGCCAGCAUAUAUGAGAUUUCACUAAAUUUUUCCAAUACCCUUGCCUCCUUGUAUACAGCUACUCUUCCAAGUUCUGUAUCUGACCAUAAUCACUUUGAAAACUAACAAUAGUAGAAAAAAUUGGGCUUUUACCGACCCAAGUAGUAUUGGCAGAUGAACUGGUAAAAUUUAGGUGGUUGGCUAAAAUAAAAUGAAAACUGCAAUAAAUUGACAGUGUGAAAUAUUUUGCAUAAGUUAUUUUUGUUUCAUUUAAUAAAUAUUUUGGGAAAAACAAAAUUGAGGGAAGUGAUGAAUUUUAAACAAAGAUUUAAGUACAUUUCAAACUGAAUUACUCUCAGUAUUCCAUUCCAAAUGGAUCCCCUGUUUCAGGACAUUCUGCAGUUGGGCCUGUAGGUGGCUCCUGUAAGUUGUAGGAAGGUAAAGAUCUUCAAGUAAUAAAAACUGUAGUAGAAAUUCUAUAUUAGGGUCUUAUAAAACCAAACGAACACAAUUCCUCUUUUUGAAGGCAUUUAAAAAUGAAUACAUGUAAAUUGACAUCAUGAUAAUAUUUCCCAGAUUUCUGGAGGUGAGUUUCCAAACUAAAAAUUUGUAACCUGUAUUAUGACUAAUUUCUUCUGCAAACAAACUUGAAGAGAUUUAAAUUAAGGAGAAAUUUUAGAAGUUUAAUUUAAUAGUGACAUCAUAGUCCUCAGAGAAAUAUUUUUGAUACAUUCUUUUACAAAAGAUUUGAGAAACAGGUUGGGUCACAGUGAAAAAAUGAGAAAUAAUUCAAACUUUAUGUGCUCAGAGAAAUAGAUAACACACUGUGUCAUGUUUUUAAAAUGACUUCUUUUGAACAUGUCUAACCAUCUCAUUGGAGAAAGCUAAGAAGUCAUGACUGGAAUAAUAUUCAUUAAUUGUACAAGAGGUAAGCAGUUCCUUCUAUAUCUUUUAUCUCUUCUCACUGUAUCUAGUAAAGUGCUCUGUAUUCUAAUAAGCUUUUAAGAGUUGUUGUUUUAUUUUUGUAUUAUGCAGAAAACAUAGCUUUAUUAUUGUUCACGCAUGUAUUUUAAGAAACUAAAAUCCAGAUUUUAUAUUAACUGUGUGACUUAAGCCAGCUGAUUAAGCCCCUAAGCCUCAAUAUAUACUCACUUAUAAGACAGGGAUAAUGAUAUUUACUUCAAAUGAUUGAUUAUAGGAAUUAAAAUGAGAUAAUGUUUGAAAGUACUCAGCACAGUUCUUGGAACAUAGUAGGUUUUCAAGAAAGGGUAGCUAUUAUAACUAUUGUAAUUAAACUAUGGUUUAUUGUUUUAAACAAUUGGUACUUGAUCAUAAUAGUUUGAAUAAAUAUCUUUGAAAUGAGAUUAUUAGACUAACAGAAUGGUCUGGCUUCUUAUUUAACUCCUCCUUGAAGGAGAUUAAUAAUAAUUUAAUAAUUUAAUAAUAACUCCUCCUUGAAGGAGUUAUUGACUCCCUCAAGUAGAUAUAGCAUCCUCUUUUCUGAAAUUCCUUAUCAUCUGAAAAAACCUUUUUAUAAAAAUUUUCAGAUAAUCAGAGAUUCACAUACAGUUGUAAAAUAUAAUACAGAGCAAUCCUUUGUAUCCUUUAUCCAGUUUCCCACAAUGGUAAACAUCUUCUUAGCUAUAGUAUAUUAUCACAAUCAGGAAGCUGACAUUGAGAUAAUCCAUCAAUCCACCAACCUUAUUCAGAUGUUUGUGUGCUUUUAAUUUUAUGUAAUUUUAUCAUGUGUGGAUUUGGAUAACUACCACCACAGACAAGAUACAAUAUAGUUUGAUCUCAAGGACCCCUCCAGUUGCUCCCAGCCAUCUGGCUCUCUCCCUAUCCCUGUCCCAGUCUCUAACUCCUGGCAACCACUAAUCUCUUAUGUAUCUUUUAAUUUUGUCUAUUUGAGAAUGGUAUAUAAAUGGAAUCAUACAGUAUUAAACCAUAAGAGGUUAGCUUUUCCACUCAACAUAAUUCCAUCGACAUCAAUCCAAGUCGCGUGUGUCAGUAGUUCAUUCUUUUAUUGCUGAGUUGUAUUCUAUGUUACAGAUGUACCAAAAUUUGUUUAACCAUUCACUCACUGAAGGGCAUUUGAAUUGUGUACAAUUUUUGACUAUCAUGAAUAAAGCUACUAUAACA